AUGGAUUUUCAGUUUGAGCAUAUAUAUGCGAUCAGUAUGAAAGAACGGACCGACAAGCGCGAUUUCUUGACAUUAGCAGCCUCGAUAUCAGGGUUCAAGGUGGAAUGGCUCGACGGAGUGCGACCCGAUGAUCUACAUCCCAAGGCCAUGCCUGAUGGUCUGGACCCCUCACGCGUGAAGCCCACUGUUGUGGCAUGUUGGCGUGCGCACAUGAAUGCAUUGGUCAAGCACAGCCCCACCCCAUUCUCAGUGUCCAAAGGCAAUGCUGACGUUUUAACAUCCGAAAACUACAGUGUGAUAAGCAAUGACUAUUCGACAGCUUUGAUCUUGGAAGAUGACGCAGACUGGGACGUGAGCCUCAAAUCCCAGCUGGAGGAAUUUGCGCGCGGGUUGCACGCUUUGAAAGGAACCAAUCACGUAUCUAAAGAAGCUCCUUACGGAACAGAUUGGGAUCUCUUCUGGAUCGGUGGGUGUGCCUCGGGCCCGAACGCCAACGAAACAAGCUUCUACGCUAUCCCCAUGGACCCCACAGUUCCAAGGGUCCACCACCGAGCCACCUGGGGUGGGCCCACCGAAAAGUGGAAACAACAAUAUCCAGAAUUGGCCGAGGACUCGACGCGAUUUAUAUAUCGGGCGGAAAUGGGCUGCUGCAUGUUUGGCUAUGCAGUUACGACCAGGGGCGCUCGGAGCAUUCUUUCAGCUCUUUCCAUCGAUCAUCUGGAUAAGCCGGUAGACGAUGCCCUGAGUGAAUUGUGCGCGGGUGCUAAUGGGCGUCACAAGAUUGAAUGCUGGGCUCCAUUUCCCAACUUGAUUGGUACAUAUAGAAAGGCCGGCUCGGCUUCUCGGGAUUCAGAUAUCGAGAACAACAACGCGGCUGACUUCCACGAAGAGCAGGCUUGGAAUAUGGUAUACAGCACCAGGCGUAAUAUCCACCAAUUGGUCGCUGGUGAGGAAACUGAUGAAGAUGUGCCAUGGUCGAGCAGAGCGAUUGAGCGCAAGGAGUUUGUUUACCCCGGUGGAUACCUUUUCAAUUAG